AUAUAUAUAUUUACCGGUGACCCUAACCUAAUGCAAUCUAUCCGAAAAUCCUUCAAAUCUUAUGGUUCCGAUAACAAACACUCUAGAAGGUUCUCCGCCACCGGAAACCCUGACACCGACCAAGAACACUACCCUAUUCUUCUCGAUCAGGAAACCCCUCACCACCACCACCACUCUUUUCCCAUGGCCGGCGACGUCGUCGUCAAGAUCAACGACGACGGAGACGACAGAGACCCUGCAACCAUUGAAGCUAGCAAGAUUUGGAGAGAGUCCAGCUACGAUUUCUGGUCGAACAGAAACGGUUCCGGCGGUGACAAUGCCCGCGAGGAGAGCUUUGAUUUCCGCCGCAAGUCGGCGGAGGAUCCGCCGUCGCAGCUGAUUGGGAGGUUUCUCCACAAGCAGAAGGCGUCUGGUGAUUUCUCGCUGGAUAUGGAUUUGGAGAUGGAUGAGCUUCAGAAUGAAGCCCGGGAGAAGCUGGCGCCGGUGGAGGAAUCUCCGACGGUGACGCAUCGGAUAUCCAGGGAGCUGAAGGUUUCGUUUGAGGAGCCUACGUCCAAUGUGGUGGAGCCUGCUGGGGAGCAUGUGAGGAGGAGGCCUAGUAAGGAUUCGCCGUCGCUGGCGGAUUUUCAGAGGCCUCCGCAUCCGCCGCAGCAUCAUGAACGUCGCCGGUCGCCGUCUCCGGCGGGGAAUGGUCGUGAUGGGGAGGUUGUUAUGUGCUCUGCCAACGCUUCGUUUGAACGGAACCUUUCUAUGCAGAGGAGAUCUACGUUGAUGAAGACCAAAACGAAGUCCAGGUUGAUGGACCCGCCUGAGGAUCCGCCGGAGAAGAGGUCGGGCCGGGUUCCGAGGUCAGGGCAAUUGUUAUCCGGGUUGCUGGGUAGGAAGGGUGAGGAGGAUGAAGAUGAUCCGUUUUUGGAAGAGGAUCUUCCAGAUGAGUAUAAAAAGAAUCACUUCAGCAUCUGGGUUCUUCUUGAAUGGUUGAGCUUGAUUUUGAUCAUUGGUGCUCUGGUAACAACGCUUACCAUUCCUCUUCUGAGAGACAAGAAGCUGUGGCAGCUCAACCUGUGGAAAUGGGAGAUGAUGAUCCUGGUUCUGAUCUGUGGCAGGUUGGUUUCUGAUUGGGUGAUAAGGAUUGCUGUUUUCUGCAUUGAGAGGAAUUUCCUUUUGAGGAAGAGGGUGCUUUAUUUUGUGUAUGGGGUGAAGAAGCCUGUUCAAAAGUGCAUGUGGUUGGGGCUUGUUUUGGUUGCAUGGCAUCUCUUGUUUGAUAAGAGAGUUGAGAGGGAGACUCGGGGUAAUUUCCUUAAAAAUGUCACCAAGGUCUUGAUUUGUUUCCUUGUGGGUACUGUGGUGUGGUUGGUGAAAACCCUCAUGGUCAAGGUUCUGGCUUCUUCUUUCCAUGUUAGCACAUACUUUGAUAGGAUUCAGGAGUCACUGUUUAACCAAUUUGUGAUUGAAACACUUUCUGGGCCGCCUCUGAUUGAGCUUCGAAAGGCUGAGGAGGAGGAGGAAAGGCUUGCUGAUGAGGUUCAGAAGCUGCAGAGUGCUGGCGUUACAAUUCCCCCUGAUCUUAGAGAGUCUGCAUUCUCUAACAUCAAGAGUGGGAGGUUGAGGAGUGGAAUGCUACAGAAAAGCCCCAGAGUUAAGAGUGGCAAGUUUUCGCGGCCACUUUCUAAGAAGAGUGAUGAGGGGAAUGGGAUAACUAUUGAUCAUCUGCAUAUGCUGAAUCCAGAUAAUGUCUCUGCCUGGAACAUGAAAAGGUUGAUUAACAUGGUCCGGCACGGGACCCUUUCUACAUUGGACGAGCAGAUAAUUGAUUCGCCUAAUGAUGAUGAGAAUGCCACACAGAUUAGAAGUGAAAAUGAGGCAAAAGCAGCCGCAAAGAAAAUCUUUCAGAAUGUUGCAAGGCGUGGGUGCAGGUUUAUAUGCGUGGAUGACUUGAGGCGUUUUAUGCGAGAAGAUGAAACUCUAAAAACCGUAAAUCUCUUUGAAGGAGCCUCUGAAACUGGGAAAAUCAGCAAAGCAGCCUUGAAGAACUGGGUGGUGAAUGCCUUUAGGGAGAGGAGAGCACUUGCUUUGACAUUGAAUGAUACCAAAACAGCAGUGAACAAACUUCAUCGGAUGCUCAAUAUCUUAGUUGCCAUUGUUAUAUUGGUUAUUUGGCUCUUGAUAAUGGAAAUUGCCACCACCAAAUUUCUUCUUUUUGUGAGCUCACAGCUUGUCUUGGUUGCAUUUGUAUUUGGAAACACCUGCAAGACCGUGUUUGAAGCCAUCGUUUUCUUAUUUGUCAUGCACCCGUUUGAUGUGGGAGAUAGAUGUGAAAUUGAUGGGGUCCAGAUGGUUGUAGAAGAAAUGAACAUAUUGACAACCGUAUUUCUGAGAUAUGAUAAUCAGAAGAUUAUGACCCCUAACAGUGUCCUUGCCACCAAGUCCAUCCAUAAUUUCUACCGUAGUCCUGACAUGGGAGAUGCUAUUGAAUUCUGUAUACAUGUAUCUACCCCUAUUGAAAAGAUUUCUCUUAUGAAACACAGAAUAGUGAGUUACAUUGAUAACAAGAAGGAGCACUGGUAUCCUUCACCUUUUAUAGUGUUCAAGGAUCAUGAACAGCUAAACAUGGUGAGAAUGGCGAUCUGGCCAACUCACAGAAUGAACUUCCAAGACAUGGGGGAAAGGUUUGUCAGAAGAUCCCUUUUGCUUGAAGAAAUGAUCAAGAUUUUCCGGGAGCUUGACAUUCAUUACCGUCUCCUGCCUCUCGACAUUAACGUUAGAGCUUUGCCUACCACUUCUGAAAGGCUUCCACCUAGUUGGGCAAACAUCACAAACUGAGCAGAAGAAGAAAACUCAUGUAAUUUGGUGCGUGUUUGGAAAUCCUUCUACAGUUGGUUCUAAAGUCAAAGUCAAUUAUGGGAAGAAGCUUACAUGAGUAGCUUCUGGGGUGUCAGAAUUGAUUUUGAGGAAUUAGAAGCUGCGUGGAACCCCGCGGCAUCAUCUGCUAGAAAGUGUUACUUUAUAGCAGGGUGGGAUUAUGUUGUAAAGAGAGUUUCUUUGGGUUAUUUUAGGCUAGUUAGAUAAAUAUCUUCUACGGUUAAUCUGUACCUGAUAAAGCCUCUUGGUUACAUGCUUCUCAUGCAGUUUUGUUUGAAAUUAAAUUAUUAGUAUUAGUAUUA